AGCCACCUCGGGGACGUCGGUACGGAAGGAGCACCCCUCCUCCGUGACUUCCCUUCCGCGCGUGUGUGCGUCACUUCCGCGACGUGGGCCCCUCUCCAAUCAGAAUUGAGGAGGGUGUAGCUUGUGCUAAAAUCGAUUGUGAUUGACAUUUGGGGGGGGAUUUUUCUGAGACUCCGUUUUCCGGGAACACAGACCCCCUCCGGCUUAUUGUGGGCACCUGGACUGUGUCUGGGAAGCGCCACAAGCCUUUCCAUCCGAAGGGAAAAUUUAGCCGAGUCCUCUUAGUUGACUCAACUAUUGACGGACACCUUUAAGGGUCAACAUCUGAAAAUGUUCACAUUUGUUUAAAUAGGGGAACCUGAGCUCAGAGCUACAUCUACAGUUUAUCUUACCAAAAUGUGUGGACCUAGAACAAGCUGAAGGAAAUUGAAGAUCACAGAACUUACUGACUGAAGCACUGUUCAUAACAAGAAUAACAGUAUUUGGAGAAAGACCUUUUUAUUCUGCUAAAUCAUGAUGGAAGCAGAAGAACACCAACAGCCAUGGAAGACAGCCUUUUACUCAGAAUUACCUAAAGUGGAACUUCAUGCCCACUUGAAUGGAUCCAUUAGUUCUAAUACUAUGAAGAAAUUGAUAGCCAAGAAGCCAGGUCUUAAAAUCAAUGAUCAGAUGACUAUGAUUGAUAAGGGAAAGAAAAGAACUUUAGAAGAAUGUUUCCAGAUGUUUCAGAUUAUUCAUCAGCUUACUACUAGCCCUGAAGAUAUUCUAAUGGUCACAAAAGAUGUCAUUAAAGAAUUUGCAGAUGAUGGUGUCAAGUACCUGGAACUACGGAGCACACCCAGAAGAGAAAAUGCUACAGGAAUGACUAAAAAGACUUAUGUGGAAUCUGUACUUGAGGGUAUAAAACAGUCCAAACAAGAAAACAUAGACAUUGAUGUUAGGUAUUUGAUAGCAAUUGACAGAAGAGGUGGCCCUUCAGUAGCCAAGGAGACUGUUAAACUUGCUGAAGAGUUCUUCCUCUCUACUGACAAUACAGUUCUUGGCCUUGACCUCAGUGGAGACCCUACUGUAGGACAGGCAAAAGACUUCUUGGAACCUCUUUUAGAAGCUAAGAAAGCAGGCCUCAAGUUGGCAUUGCAUCUUUCAGAGAUUCCAAACCAAAAAAAAGAAACACAAGUACUUCUGGAUCUGCUUCCUGACAGAAUUGGGCAUGGGACAUUUCUCAGCUCCUCUGAGGAAGGAUCCCUUGAGCUGGUAGACUUCGUGAGGCAACAUCAGAUACCAUUGGAACUCUGUUUGACCUCAAACAUCAAAAGUCAGACAGUUCGAUCUUAUGACCAGCAUCAUUUCGGAUUCUGGUACAGGAUUGCCCAUCCUUCUGUGAUCUGUGUAAGACCGAUGAUAAGGGUGUUUUUGCAACACACCUUUCUCAAGAGUACCAACUGGCAGCUGAAACAUUUAACUUGACCCAGACUCAGGUGUGGGAUCUGUCUUAUGAAUCCAUCAACUACAUCUUUGCUUCUGACAGCACCAGGUCUGAACUGAGGAGGAAGUGGAAUCAUCUAAAACCCAGAGUGUUGUAUUUUUAAGCUGCAAUGACAUGAACUACUUUUGAGUAUGUGUUGCAACCAAGAUCUUCCCACUGUAUCUCACUUAGUUAACUGUCUACCUUUGAAGCACACCAGCCAGGUACCAUGGGCACCCUCACCAGCCCUUUACUCGUGGCUGGUGCUCAGUAAAUAUUUAAAUUGACUGGCAGGCUCCGAGGUCUUACAGUGCUUACUUCCAUGCUGCUUCCUAAAAGGGGAGUUGAAGGGGCUGGCUCCUAACUGAACUCCCCAUUCUACCAGAGAUUUGACUUAACUAAUCCCUUUCCAUUUGUAAUCAUAAAACUUCAGGAAAAUCAAAGGAGUUUCUCAUCAAGAAGAGUUUUGGAGUAACUAGUCUAAAGAUGAGAAGGGAAAAUAGAUUGCCACCAAAACCUUUAAGCCUUGUAGCUUGUGACAACAGCAUUCUGUAUUGUGUUUUGCUUGCUUUACUCAAACUCCCUUCACUCCAGUAUUCCCCAAAACUGUUGACUCCAGGCAAUACUGCAUACCAGGGAUUUUUGUGAAUACCCAGUAGUCAGGGUUAAUCUACUUUGGAUGACCCUAGUGACAGAUAGAGCUGGCUUCUAAUAUCUGGCUUUGCUCCUCUCAUGAUUAAUCCCCCUGGAAUCAAGGUGGUAGUUUUUUAAAAAUGUUCCUAUGUUACCCUUCUGUUAUUUUGACCAUAACGGAUCUAACCAACCAGAUGCUUCUUGAAGUCUAAGGUACUUUAGGUUUCUCUUUGCCUUUAAUCUUCCAAUUGUUCCAAAGUUUGUAUCUGAAAGAGUGCCAUGGUGGAUGUAGGAGUAAUUUAAGCUCCUAACUAAAAUAUCUCCAUAUAAUAUGUCACUUUAGGCACCAUGAUAUCAGAGAAUAUAUUCCAUUUUAAAUGUCAAAACUUUGAUAUGCAUCUUACUGGAUAGUUGAGUAUAUAGGAGUAAAGUUUUCAUUUUAGAUUUUUGAAUUGAA